AUGGUAGAAGACGCCUGCCCAGUCGACCACAAGACCCGCGACGCCUGGCUCGCCCAAGCCCGCGCAGCCGAAGCUUCCAAGAACCAGCAGCUCCCAACCUCAACCCCAACCUCACAACCUCAAGCAUCCAAAUGCCCCGUCGACCACUCCUCCACGAAACCCUCCGCCUCAUGGACCCAAACAAUCUCCUCCUACAUCUGGUCCACCCCCUCCCCCGAACCGCCGUCAAACCUCCCCGCAACCCACCCCGCGAUACCCUCAACCUCAAGACAAUCAUCAACCCUCGAAACCUCCCGCGUAACCUCCUCCAUCCCCCGCUCCUUCACCACAUUAGACGAAACAUGCCCCGUCGACCACGGCGCAUCCGCCAAUCCUCCCACCCCCUCCAACGCCGAAGUCGAGUCUGGCGCCGACGCCGCCUCGGGCAACUGGGUCUACCCCUCCGAGAAGAUGUUCUUCGAGGCCAUGAAGCGCAAGGGCUACGACGCGCGCGAGGUCGACAUGAAGACCGUCGUGCCCAUCCACAACGCCGUCAACGAGCGCGCCUGGCAGCAGAUUAAGGAGUGGGAGGCGCCCUAUCUGGCUGGCUCAAAAUGCUCCGGCCCCAAACUCGCCUCCUUCGCCAACAAAAGCACCCGCAUGACCCCGACCGCCCGCAUCAACACCAUCCUCGGCUACACCGCGCCCUUUGACCGCCACGACUGGGUCAUCGACCGCUGCGGCGUCCGCGUCGACUACGUGAUUGACUUUUACGCCGGCCGGCCCGGCGGCUCGGCGGCAGGGCCGAGCUUCUACCUCGACGUCCGGCCGAAGCUGAAUACCAUGGAGGGCGUCAAGAUGAGGGUGAUGCGGUGGACGGGGUUGGCGUGA